AUGCAAACUCGCACUCUCGUCGGCGCCGGAGCUGGCGCCGGCGUCCUCGGCCUCAUCAUUAUGCAGUUGGGCAAUCAGUCGCAAGACCGUCAGUACAAGAAGACAUUGCAGUACAUGCAUGAUGGACGCGAAAAGAUCUCGGAGAAAUUCCAGGACUCAAAGGCCAAAGUUGAAGAUCUUGCCAAGUCCAAGAAAUAA